CAUCGGAUCACCAGGCAAAGCAGCAGGCACCGGGCCACCAGGCGGAGCAGCAGGCAGCGGGCCACCAGGCGGAGCAGCAGGCAUCGGGCCCCCAGGCGGAGCAGCAGGCAUCGGGCGCCGGCAUCGGGCCCCCAGGCGGAGCGACAGGCUCGGGCCCCCAGGCGGAGCGGCGGGCCCCGGACCCCCAGGCGGAGCGACAGGUCUCGGGCCCCCAGGCGGAGCGACAGGUCUCGGGCCCCCAGGCGGAGCGGCGGGCGCCGGACCCCCAGGCGGAGCGACAGGUCUCGGGCCCCCAGGCGGAGCGGAGCGGCAGGCGGCCGGACCCCCAGGCGGAGCGACAGGUCGCCGGCGGACCCCCAGGGCGGAGCGACAGGUCUCGGGCCCCCAGGCGGAGCGGCGGGCGCCGGACCCCCAGGCGGAGCGACAGGCACCGAGUCACCAGGCACAACAGUGGGCUCCGAGUCAACUGGCAUGACUGCGGGCACUGGGUCAGACAUUGGAUCGUCUGGCUGGACAGCGGGCAUCGGGCUGGGUAGAGGCAUCAGGCUGAAUGGAGGCAUCAGGCUGAGUAGAGGCAUCAGGCUGAGUAGAGGCAUCAGGCUGAGUAGAGGCAUCAGGCUGAGUAGAAGCAUCAUGCUGAGUAGAGGCAUCAGGCUGGGUACAGGCAUC